AGCAGCAGAACGCACUGUGCUCGAGAUCUCUCUGGUCGAGCAGGGGGGCAGGAGGCCAGCCAUCGAUUCAGCGAGCGCUAGAUUCCAUUCUCUUCUUUACCCGACGCCGGUCUAAAAGGAGGGCGCCAUUUUUGAGCUGGUUCGGUGCUCCGACGCGGCCGUCAAAAGCAACGGAGAAACCGAGGGGACAGCAGCCAUCCUCUGUUCGGACCAACGACGCGCAGUUCGAAACUGGAACGGGAGCUGCUUGCUGUCUCGCCAAGUAGCGAGGAGUUCUCGGCUUCUCGCUCGCCAAGUUGUGUGCCUCCCUCUCGUCUGCUGAGUCAAUGCUCAGUGCCCCAACUGGCCAACUGCAACCUGCAAGCCUGUAACCGCCACUGUCCAGACUCCAGAGUCGACUCGUUCCGCACAAAGGCAACCGGGGCAUGGUACUUGUCUAGCUAGAAACGGCGGCUACCCUUUACCUGCUCCUGCUCCUCCUGCCUCCUUGCAGUCCACAGUCCGAGCGUUCUCUCUCCCGUCCGGCGAGCACCCAGCUACUCUGGUACGGCGCUGCUCUCUCUCUCUCUCUCUUCUCUCCAUAUGCUGAGGUCAGUGUCCGGCUCCAACUCCUCGAGGGGCAUCGCCGCCGUGGUCGGCGUCGGCCCCCGGCUCGGCUCCGCGGUGGCGCGCAAGUUCGCCUCCAUGGGCUACACCAUCGCCAUCCUCUCCCGCGACCUCGAGAAGCUGUCGCAGCUGGCGGAGGAGAUCGCGCAGGAGGCCAAGGCGCAGGUGUUCGCGCUCCGGGUGGACUGCGCCGACGCCCGGUCCGUGCGCGAAGCCUUCGAGGGCGUCCUCUCCCUCGGCCCCGUCGAGGUGCUCGUCUACAACGCCUGCGAGCCCCCCGCCGACGACGCCGCGCCGCCGCGCCCCACGCCCUUCCUCGCCGUCACGCCCGACGCCUUCCACCGCUCGCUCGCCGUCUCCGCCGCCGGGGCCUUCCACUGCGCGCAACAGGUCAUCCCGGGGAUGGUGGAGCGGGGCAGGGGCACCAUCAUCUUCACGGGCUCCUCGGCGUCCGUCACCGGCUUCGCCGGCUACUCCGAUCUAAGCUGCGGCAAGUUUGCCCUUCGGGGUUUGUCCCAGUCGCUGGCCAGGGAGUUCCAGCCGGCGGGUGUGCACAUUGCGCAUGUGAUCAUCGACGGCGUCAUCGGCGAGAGGAGGUCGCCGAGGAGCAGCAGGGCAGGUGGCGCUGGCGACCCGGCGGCGGCGGCGACGGGCGCGGGCGCGGACCCGGACGCGGUGGCGCAGAGCUACUGGCACGUCCACGCCCAGGACAAGAGCGCGUGGACGCAAGAGAUGGACAUCAGGUCGUCGUCCUUCAUGUAGCAGCAGCAGCAGCAGCCAGCAACGACGGCUAGCCGGCCGGCCGGCCGGAUCAGCCCCGGCCGCGCGUCCCCGUCGUGCUGUACUCAUCGUCAUUGCCAUUGUGUGUGUGCGCGGCUGCGGGCCGGGAAUCGUGUCCCCGUUCCGCGUCGCACGUUUGCUCCGCUUGCCUAGCUGUAGCUUUUAGUGUGAUGCCCGCGGGGUCCGGUCGAUGCGCGGGGGGGUAUUGCGGCCGAAAGCAACGGCGGCCCGGCUCCCGCGCACGUCGCCGUCCGAUCCCCCCUCCCCUCCUGUCCCGAUCGCCGCCGGCGGCGAUCCCGGCCGGCCUGCAAGUUCAUGCAUGUGAUUGUGCCCCCAUCUUGCUCAUGUGUACGAGUUAUAGUGUGUGCGUGUGAUGAUUGCAAGCUACCUGCAUCUGAUUCCGAGCUCGUAGGGCUUGUUUGGUUGGAGUCCUGGACAACUGCCUGAGAAAAAAUGUUGCCUGAGAGGAGCCUGAAAAGUUCAUGGUUUUUCUUGGUCAGGCAAGUAUGUAGAAAGUAUGUUUGGUUGGUGCCUGAGCAUGCUAAUAAGAAGAAAAAUACACAAUAUAAAUGUGUUUUGUGAUAUGUAUAAAUAUAUUUUUUUGAUUCACGGACAUAUAUUAUUUAGCUCA